UUCCCCCCGUCGCCAUUUUGUGCCGAGUAUUUAUCGCCGAGUCGUGACUCGAUCUCGUGUCCACUCAAAUGCUAGUUUAGUUAGCCGCAGCUUCCUUCGUGUCCUCACAUUCCCAGUUUACGGGUUACCCCCAUUUAGUCGACGUUAUUGACUAUUUCCUAGUUAAUAUUUUUAUACAAGUAUAUAUUUACCUUCUUGCGUGAGGAAGAAUGUCGGCCGCAAGUCCCGAAUACUCCCCGUUCUUCGCGGUGAUGGGUGCCUCUGCUGCCAUGGUGUUUAGCGCCUUGGGAGCAGCGUACGGCACGGCCAAGAGCGGCACAGGCAUCGCCGCCAUGUCCGUGAUGAGGCCAGAGCUCAUCAUGAAGUCCAUCAUCCCCGUGGUCAUGGCGGGUAUCAUCGCCAUCUAUGGCCUCGUUGUAGCAGUGCUGAUUGCCAACAACAUUACCGAGCAGGUCACACUCUACAAGAGCUUCCUCCACUUGGGAGCCGGGUUGAGCGUGGGCCUGAGCGGGCUGGCGGCCGGCUUUGCCAUCGGCAUAGUGGGUGACGCGGGCGUCAGGGGCACGGCUCAGCAGCCGCGGCUUUUUGUGGGCAUGAUCCUCAUCUUGAUUUUCGCCGAAGUCUUGGGUCUCUACGGGCUCAUCGUCGCCCUCAUUCUGUCCACGAAAUAAACCCAGCCCCAACAUCUCCACUACAAGAUCUGUUCUUGACGUGUCGCUGCCGGGGAAUAAAAAGUGUAAAUUGUGUGUGUGUGUGUGUGUGGGGGGGGGGG